AUGGCUGACAACGAAAAGACUCCCGCAGAAGAGGCCGCCGCGCGCGCCAAGGAGCAGGCCGAGCAGGACGCUCUUCCGUACAAAUGGACCCAAACGAUCGGCGACCUCGACAUCACCAUCGAAGUGCCCGGCAACCUCAAGGGGCGUGACCUUGUCAUCGACCUCAAGAAGGACACGAUCUCGGCGGGUAUUAAGGGGCAAGAUCCCAUUCUCAAGGGCACCCUCCCCCACACAAUCCGCGUCGACGACAGCACCUGGACCCUCACCACCGCGCCCAACAACACCAAGCAAAUCGAGAUCCACUUAGACAAAGUCAACAAAAUGGAGUGGUGGCCGCACGUAGUGACCGACGCGCCGCGGAUCGACGUGAGCAAGAUUGUGCCCGAGAACAGCAAGCUGUCGGAACUGGACGGCGAGACGCGCGGGAUGGUGGAGAAGAUGAUGUUUGACCAGCGGCAGAAGGAACAAGGGCUGCCGACUAGCGAUGAGCAGAAAAAGAUGGAUAUUCUGAAGAAGUUUCAGGAGCAGCAUCCGGAGAUGGACUUUAGUAACGCUAAGAUUAAUUAA